AUCCAAGCCAAGCUGUGUUGUCUGCUCCAUCGCAUUCGCGGCAAGUAAGCGUGGUUAGGCGGCCUAGACAAGAUUUUUAGUGGAUUCCUCGCUAACCUGCACUAAACUACACCAAUUUAUUAACAUUAGUUGAACAGUUCGAUCGUGUGUGCGUGACUUUGUCAGCAAACACAUUUCUCGGUAACACAAAUCCUCCAAAAGAGUCGGCCUUUCUUCGCCCUUCAUUGUCAUCUCGCGCUUAGAAACUUCCAAGUUUGAAAUCAGUCAUGAGCAGCGGUGAUGGCAAGAAACGGAAGAAGAAUUACUACAAGUCAUUCGCCAAAAAGCGCAAAGUGGGCACCCUGGAAACCGACAUGACGGGUUUUCUGGUCACCUACGAGCGAAGCGAGUUCCAGGCCGCGAAGGACUGCUACGAGUUGCUCAACGAAUACGCCGACAAAAUCUGGGGCCCUGAAAAACCGGAGGAGAAAGACACCCAAGCGUCCAUCGAAGAUGACAUAGCUGCGGAGCUCAGUGAGCUCAAGGAGUCCAAAGACAAAGUUCGCCGCUUCCAGAAGGUCAAAACGGACGUGGCUGGAAACUUCUUUGUAACGACUACAGUGGAUGACCCUGGGCGGUUGGUGACAACCAUUGAGGACCUGAAGGCAAAGCACGAACAGCGCAGCCGCUUCAUCCAGCGCCUGCUGCCUGUGCAGACAACUUGCAAGGCACAUCUGGACACCAUGAAGAAGACAGUGGAGACUGUGCUCGCAUCCUAUGACGACUCCGCCUCGCCCGAGGUCGCUUACUUGGUCGCUGGAAAAAUUCGUCACAACAGCAGCCUUCAGCACAACCGAUGCUUCAGGAGAUAUACAUUAAGCACUCACGUGACUGCCAUUGCACAGGCAGGAAAUAGAGGUGGUGAAGACUGCCAAGCCUUUGUGGACGGGGAACUGCGCAAGCCAGACCUGGUGCUCAUGAUAGACGUGUUGCACAACAUCUGCUGCAUCUCCCUGAUGCCUCGUUCUGAAUUCAGGAAGUACAACCUCCUGGAAGUGACAAAGCCACAGCCGACUCAGAG